AAAAGAUAUGGAUAAUGACAAUGAGAUUAAUGGAGAGGAAAGUAAAAAAAAUCAGAUGUCACCUAGUUCCACAGAAUCAGAAAUAAAAUUACCAGGUAAUGAUAUGGUUGUUUCGAAUCGUAAAGGUGUUUUAGAUUUAUACGAUGACAGUGAUUGGGAAGAGCUUGAUAUAGAUAAACCUAAAGAAUAUAUGAAACAAACUGACAGUAAGGAACCUAAGAAAGCAACAGAAGAGCAACAGGCUGAAAAUGAAAAAGCUGAUGAAGCAGACGAUACUACAAUUGCACCGGAUCGUUCUUAUACUCCAUGUUUAGAUGAAAAUAACGAACCAGAGGAAAACGCAAAUACAAGUCCUUUAAAAGAGAUUACUACUAAAGAAGCUACUCCAAAACCUGAAGAGAAAGAAAUUAAUGGUGAUAAUACACCAACUGCAAACAAUUUAGUUGAAAUAGAAACAGAAUUAAUUUCCGAGGAGGAGGAAAAUGUUCGUAGCAAAAAUAAACGUCGUAGUGAUAAACAUGACACCAAUAAAGAAACAUUUAAAAAAGUUAGUAACAAACAAAAGAUAAGGAAUUAUCGCAGUGAAAAACAAUUUAAUAAACGUAAUGAUAAACGACGGUAUUCUCGGUCCACAUCUAAAUCGAGGUCUAGAUCCAGGUCAAAAUCAUUCUCACGGUCAAAAUCACCCCGCGGUCGUGGGCGUAAAAGAACACGUUCACCUUUUUAUAAUAGAUCAAAUAAAGAAAAUCAUAAUUAUCGUCACAAUAAUAGAGAUUGGGAUGAUUCAGGUAGAAAUAAUAUGGGGAAAUUGCAUAGACAGCGACCAAAGCGCCGUGAAAUGCCGCGGUAUGAUGUGCGUAAUAUAAUUGGUACACAAAGAACAGUAAAGGACCGUUAUGGUCGUGAUACUUCUAGACAAUUACGUAAUAGUAGAUCAGCAAGUCGCGAGCGCAGAUUGCAUUCAUUUUCACGAUCACGUACUUCUUCAUUAUCGCCACGAAGAAACAGACGUAGCAGUUUUAGCAUGUCUCCUACACCACCAGGUGUUCAUCGUAUAUCCAUAUCGCCCCGUCGUUUCGCUUCUCCCCCACGUCACUAUCAUUCACCAAGAAGAUUUACGCCACCACGUCAGCGCGCGCGCAGUACAUCACGUUUACGAUCUCGUUCUAUUUCACCAUUACCACGUAUGAACAAUCGCAAAGUUAUUAGACACAUGCGAAAUGUUUCGCCCAAUAUACGAUCAAGAUCCCGUGCACGUUCUUUUUCACCAUCUCCAAGAUAUACGCCGCGUUUAAGUCGAAGCCGUUCAAAAAGUCCAUUUAAUGCAGUUAAAAGCAAAAAGAAAAAAACAAAAGAUCGUAAAAAGAAAAAAAAUAAAAAAAGAGCUUUAAGCUUGAGUCCAGAAACCAAUCGACGGAUCUCACGGCAACAAGAUCCAUUUAUUGAAAAUGCACCUCCAAAAAAGAAACGUCAUGUUGUAUCGAAAAAUAAAUCACCAGUUGAUGAACAAACAUGGUCUCCGUCACCCAGUCCACCGCCACCUUUAUUAAAUUAUGAACGUGAACGUGAAAAUAAUAUAUCCUGGACGCCGCCUAUUACAACAAAUCGAAUUUCACAAAUUUCACGUGACGAUUAUGCACCUGUUCUUCGUAGAAGUAGUUCUAUACUCAGCAAAAAGGAGAAACGAAAGCGCACUAAAAAAAAGAAAAAAACAGAGAAACGUAAAGACACGACGAGAAAAGACAAACGACGUCAACGACGUACAAAAACUCCAGAGCCUGCACCCUCAAAAGAAGUUUUUGCUUCUGGAAAUAAUAUACUUGUCAGCGUGAGCUUUAAUAAAGAAACUACAAACCAACAACCACAACAAACCACUGUUGUUACAUUGCCUCCUACUCGUGAGGACCUAUUAACAUCGCGACGUAUAUCCAUAGAUCAUGCAGCUAAUGCAAAUGCUGCAAAGAAAAGAAAAGAAAAACCUCAUAAACGUAAAAAAAUUGAUGCUAAGCCAAUUGCUAUAAUUGAUUUGGAUCGUUCACCAUUCCAAAUACAUCAAGAGCCCACAGAUGUUAUAAUAUUAACUGACAGCGAAGAUGGACGUGAAAAUGAACGAGAACAACGUCGCGAACGUCGUCAAAGUAUACAAUCUGUAAAUGACAACAUAGAGCAUCGUCAACAACUGACCACUAGUGCACGUGUUAGUGUUCAGCAUGAACAGACACCACCACUAGAACGUUUGGAAACUAUUAUGGAAGAAUCAUACGAAUUACAACAAACUGGACCUAAAACACCACCUGAACCUCCAAUAGUAAAAUUCAAUAUAAAUAGCAAAAAACAAAAUAAAAUACGGAUUAAUCCUUUACACGAUGAACAGGAAAUGCAAUCGGAAACAGAAUCACAAGAAAGACCUGAACAAGAUGAGCAUCGACAGGACGUGGAAACUAUACAUACACACAAUAAUCAAAAAAUUGGACCAAAUACUCCGCCUGAUUCUGGUCCUUGUUCGCCGGAUGCCUAUGAUCCAUUUGAACCGACUAAAUCACCAUCGAUGUCGCCACGUUCUCCGUCACCAGCACCAAUCGAUACUUCACAAAACUCUAUUAGUGAGUGCGGUGCAGAUGGUAUCUCACAAAAACAUGUUGAAGAGCAAAGACAUUCCGGCGAACGAAAUGCGCAACAAAUUUCUGGAGGUACCAGUAGCGGUAUAACUACACAGAGUACGACCAUGAAUCCUGUUGAAUUAGUAAUGGCUUUAAUGAACACAAAAGUCAAUAAUAGUCAAGAUUUAGCAAAUAAGUCGAAUGAAUCGCAAUAUACCACUUCAACACAUAUGCUAAGUAGUGGCGUACAUGGAAGUACUCAUGAUGAUAACAUGGGUGGAAUGCGUGAAAAAUCUGAUGAUAACAUUACAGUAAUAUCGAAUGUAUUAAUUUCAACUUGUGUAUCCCAACAAUCACAGCACAUACCUAGUAUAUCUAGUCCAACACCUCCAGUCAAUAAAACUUCACAAGUUUUAAAAUUACCUUUACCAAAAGUAGGUGGCAGUGUAGGCAGUAGCAGUGGAGUAGGACUGCCUGCAAUAAAUAACAAUGUGCGCAACGGCACAGCUGAUGACAUAUUUAAUAUAAAUGACACUGAAAGUCCAUAUUCACCCGGAUCUGCUGAUUAUGAAGAUCUAUUUGAACCGCCACCAGACACAAACAGCAAACGACGAACAAAACGCGCCGGUAAAGGCGAUGUAUUUGAUAAUCUAUUUGGUAGCUCUUCUCCAGUGAAUGCUUUACGUCUACCCACUUACACACCAUCGCGAAAACAAAAGCAAAAUGCAUAUGGCGUUGCAAAUAAAAAUAAAUCAAAAGGUGGGUUUGAAGAAGUCAACGGAAGAAUUUAUUUGAUUUUUCGAAUAAAAAUAUGGUAAAAUGGGUGUGAUGUGAAGUGGUGUGUUUGUAUGUAUG